UAUUGGUGGUGUAACAUAUACUUCACGUCAUGAUCCGUUUAGUUACACURGCCGCACUUGUAGCUGUGGCAUUCGGCCAUGGAAUGAUGCAUGACCCAGCUUCCAGGAACUCGUGCUGGAGGCAUGGUUUCCCAGGCUGCCCAGCACAGUACACCGAUAACGAGUUGAACUGCGGUGGUUUYAGCGUUCAAUGGGGRAAAAAYGGCGGYAAAUGCGGUGUUUGCGGCGAUGCGUAUCAUAAUAAAAGUCCWAGGUACGUCUAUCCAGGAGCAUACGCUAAAGGCAUCAUCACUAAAACCUACAGMAAAGGCCAGGAAAUMGACGUACAAGUUCAGCUCACAACAAACCACCUUGGACGAUUUAAGUUCCGCAUUGGAAAACUCGGAAGCGCUCCAAUGACUGAAGAAAAGUUGACUCACGUUGUAAAAACCUUAGACGGGAAAGACUGGUGGCAAGUACCAGACAGAAAAAGCCGUACWUACAAUUUCAAGCUAAAGUUGCCAGCUGACCUYACGUGUAACCAUUGCGUUAUGCAGUGGUACUACAAGACGGGCAAUAACUGGGGGUGUGACUCUGAGGGGUGUGGUCUUGGUUAUGGACCGCAGGAAACGUUCGUUAAUUGUGCUGAUGUUAAGAUUGUUUAGAUGUGUACUUUAACAUGGCUAUCCACGCUUAAAUGUUUUAAAACAAGACUAUACAUGGACAUAAUGUAGUUUGAAAUAGGGUACCAAGAACGCAUGUUGUUGUCACAGCUUGUUUUUGAGUCACUGUAGAAUCAGAACUCUAGCAUUGUUGUAGAUUCUCGGGGAAGUCAAUAAAACUCUAUAUAGAUUAAAA